UUGGCUAAAAUGAAACCACUGACUUGGGCGGAAGUGACAUGUGUCGGAUGGAUAUGCAAGUGCCGGUGUAGUACUUCAUUCUUCCUUUUCUUCCGUGGCCGCCGUUGAGUUAGGAGCGUGGUUCCUGGCGUGCCGUGAAAACUUACUAAAAUGGCUUGCGCCCGACCGUUAGUAUCGGUCUACUCCGAGAAAGGGGAGACCACUGGCAAAAAUGUGGUUAUGCCUGCAGUGUUCAGGGCUCCCAUCCGCCCUGAUAUUGUGAAUUUUGUGCACACCAACAUGCGCAAGAACAAGCGCCAGCCCUAUGCUGUAAGCGAACUGGCUGGUCACCAGACCAGCGCCGAGUCCUGGGGCACAGGAAGAGCUGUGGCCCGUAUCCCCCGUGUGCGCGGUGGUGGCACCCACCGCUCCGGACAGGGUGCUUUCGGAAAUAUGUGUCGUGGUGGUCGCAUGUUUGCCCCCACAAAGACCUGGCGCCGUUGGCACCGCAGAAUCAACGUUAACCAGAAGCGUUAUGCCAUCUGCUCUGCCCUGGCCGCCUCUGCUCUGCCUGCCCUGGUCAUGGCCAAAGGUCACCGCAUUGAGGAGAUUCCUGAAGUCCCAGUUGUCGUUGAUGAUAAAGUUGAAGGAUACAAGAAGACUAAGGAAGCUGUGCUUCUCUUGAAGAAGCUUAAGGCAUGGAAUGACAUCAAGAAGGUUUACGCCUCUCAGCGUAUGCGUGCCGGUAAGGGUAAGAUGAGGAACCGAAGGCGUAUCCAGCGUAAAGGACCAUGCAUCAUCUUCAAUGAAGACAACGGUGUGACACGAGCUUUCAGAAAUAUCCCUGGCGUAACACUGCAGUCUGUGAGCAGACUGGACCUGUUAAAGCUUGCUCCAGGUGGACACGUCGGACGCUUUUGCAUUUGGACCGAGGGUGCCUUCCGCAAGCUGGAUGACCUCUACGGCACUUGGCGCAAAGCUUCCACCCUUAAAGUGGACUACAACUUGCCCAUGCACAAAAUGAACAACACAGAUCUGAACAGAAUCAUCAAGAGUGAGGAAGUCCAGAAGGCACUUCGUCCUGCUAACCUCAAGAUUAAUCGCAGAGUGUUCAAGAAGAACCCUCUGAAGAACCUGAGAGUGAUGAUGAAGCUCAACCCCUACGCCAAGACUGCACGUCGCCGUGCUAUCCUGGAACACAACCCUGACAUCAAGGCUAAGAUGCUGAAACCCAAGAAGAAGAGGGUUGUGAAGAAGACCAAGGCCAAGAAGCCUGCAGCUGCUCCGGCUCAAGCUUAAGGCUCAUAAACAGACUAUGGAGUUCAGAAAUGCUUUUCAAAUAAAACAACUGUUGAAAAUUGAUAAA